UUUCGGUCACAGUCCACUGCUAAAGAGAGAAGAAAAGAAAAGAAGAAUCCAUUCCCGAAGGCCAAAAGCCGCUCUCUUGCCCACAAAAAACCCUUCCUUUUUCCACCACCUAACUCGGUGGUGCCCUCCACUCUUCUCAACCCAAAACCCCCUUGCUCCGUUUCGAAGCCAAUGGGAGCAAGCGAGUCCUCUGACGCCUCGGAUGGCCCCGUCCUCAGCCUUCUCAACAAGCGCCUCCGAGCCCUGCGCAAGAAACUCAACCGCAUCCUCCAGAUGGAGGACGCCAUCGCCCAAGGCAAGCCCAUCAAUAAGGAACAAGAGGAAGUCCUCCGCUCCAAGCCCGCCGUCUCCGCCCUCAUCGAUGAGCUCGAGAAGCUCCGUCAGCCACUCUCCCAAGCCCUCUCCGAGGAGCUCAGCAUCGCCGCCCAGCGCCAGCAGCUCUCCUCCCAUUCCGCCCCCGCUUCCUCCGUCGAUCGUGAAAACUCCACCGACGAAGACGACGACCACCGGGUAAAAACCUCCGAGCCUGACCUUGGUGUCGUGGAGGAUCUCCUCAAACUGCUCUACUUCGGGUCCCUGUUCGACGUGAAGUCUCAGAGUGAUUUCACGGCGACGAUUCUCACGAGAACGCACGAGCGAGGGUGUUGCUUGACCUACGAUUACGUCACCGACGACGCAACGGAUCUGCUCGGCGAGAGGGACUUGGAUUCCUUAUCCUCGCUUGGUGGAUUUUUGAUUUCGCGCCCGGUCGAUUCGGGCUUGUCGCACAAGAAUGCCUUGCAGCGCUGCAUCGAGCACGCCAAGCUCUGGCUUGCCAACUCCGACCAGCCCAUUGAGUCUAAUGCCAACAUUACUUAUGCCGGUUUGCGAGAGCGACUGAAUAAGAUUAUGGCUUCGGACUAUUUCACCACCACGCCAGAGAUGAAAGAUCCGGUGGAAGUUGCUGCUGGAAAUUAUGCUUCUUUCCAGGUACCGAUCACAGCGCCCACCCAAGUGGAUUGUUCGGUUGCAGAGUUUCAGCAUACGGACCAAGACUUAGCAAAUUUUCAAGAACAUGAAACCGGGGAUGAUGAGUAUAGUUCUGUGGAUGAGCUACAAAAGGAUGAAGAAGUGACAGAAAAUGCUGCAGAGGUAGUCUCAGUUCAACAAGAACAAAUCAAAUCACUCUCAGAACUGGAGCAUAAUGAGAUAGAUCCACAGUCAAAGGGACAGCAAUACAUUCCCAGAAGAACAUAUCAGAACCAGUACCUAAGAGGUGGCCGUGGUGGUAGUGGGGGUGGCCGCCAGGGUUAUUCUAAUGGCCGUGGAGGUCGAGGCAAUGGCAGGGGAAGUGGGCCCUUUCAGAAUGGUCGCAACCAAUAUUAUGAGCAGCCUGGAAAUUUUUAUCCUAGGAAUUUUUAUAACAAUAGGGGAAGCGGUGGAAGGGGUGGUGGGCCAUCCUACGACAACCAUGGUUCAGCAGUUCAAAGUGGUCAUGACCCGGCUGAUAUUGGGGUGCGUUCUUGAUAUUACUCACCAGGUUUUUUAUGGUGAAUUUGGUACAAUCUUUCUAGGUGGGUGGUAAAAAUGUUUUUUGCUUUGCACAAAAAUAUGUUUUGAAUGUUGGUUGCUGUUGGUGAAUUCAGCAUCCCGGACCACCCUUUCUCUGUUCGGUUGUUGAAAAAGAUUUUCAUCGGAAACCUUAUGAGAAAAAAGUAGGUUUUUGCAA